GGCGGUGCCGCUGUGGUUGCCGCGCCCGCUCGGGGCUGUCGCGGGGAGGAUGAACUGGCUGUUCCCCCUCGCCAAAGGCGGUGCCUCCGCCUCGCCUGCCGCGCCGCUGCCCCCCCUCACCACCCUCCAGCAGCAGAAGCAGCGGCAGAUCGAGUCCCUCCGCGGCGCGCACGCCUCGAUUGCAGAAAUUCAGAAAGAUGUGGAAUAUCGACUGCCAUUCACUGUAAACAACUUGACAAUUAAUAUUAACAUCUUGCUUCCACCUCAGUUUCCUCAGGAAAAACCAGUCAUCAGUGUUUUCCCACCUGUGAGACAUCAUUUAAUGGACAAGCAGGGAGUAUACGUGACAGGUCCAUUAAUAAGUAAUUUUACAAUGCACUCAGAUCUUGGAAAAAUUAUUCAGAGUUUAUUGGAUGAAUUUUGGAAGAAUCCUCCAGUUCUGGCUCCUAGCUCAACAUCAUUUCCAUACCUUUUCAACAAACCAGCUGGAAUGCCUCCGUUUGCUCCUCAGGGGUUUCCGUUUCUUCCUCCAUACCCACCUCAAGAAACAAAUAGAACAAUAGCAGCCGUGCCAGUUGCUGAAUCAGUUUCUUCAAGCUACACUACAGACAAGCCUGCUGCUCCCUCUUACGGCUUGAUUGCUGAUCUGCCACUCCCUGUUCCAAGAGCAGAAGCAGGGCUUCAGGUUGGCCAGAAUGGAUUUACUUACAAGAUGCCUGAUGUUCCUGAUACCUUUCCAGAGCUCUCAGAGCUAAGCAUAUCGCAGCUGACUAAUAUGAAUGAGCAAGAGGAAGUGUUACUGGAACAGUUUGUGACUCUACCACAGCUGAAGCAAGUCAUUACUGAUAGAGAUGAGUUGGUGAAAAGCAUUGAAGAGCUGGCAAAAAAAAACUUGUUGCUGGAGCCGAGUCUCGAGGCAAAAAGACAGAUGGUGUUGGAUAAAUAUGAGCAACUCACACAGAUGAAAGCAGCCUUUGAAAAAAAGAUGCAAAGACAACAUGAGCUUAGCGAGAGUUGCAGUCCAAGUGCUCUGCAAGCCAGACUUAAAGUAGCUGCUCAUGAAGCUGAAGAGGAAUCUGACACUAUUGCAGAAGACUUCCUGGAAGGCAAAACAGAAAUAGAUGACUUCCUAAGUAGUUUCAUGGAAAAGAGAACACUCUGCCACUGUAGACGAGCCAAAGAGGAAAAACUUCAACACGCAAUAGCGAUGCACAGCCAAUUUCAUGCUCCACUAUAGAUUUCCUGCAAGCUACACCUGCCAAGAAAACGAGUGAAAACCCCAAUAAAGCACACUUUUUAAUAACUAUUAUUUGCAAAUAAGCAUUUCAUCUUGUAUGGUUGUAUUUAUAGAAGAGAUUGUAUACAGAGUUGGGAUGGGUUUUGUACAAAUUAGAAUGUCUCUUUAUAUUCUCAUUGUACUCAAGAAUUCUUCUAUUGCAAUCUUUGCACUAAUUUCUUGUAUUUAUUGUUGAUAGUACUUAUUAUAUUUAAGUUCCUGCUGCUAUACUUCAUUCUUCAGAGAUUAAAUAUCUAAACAUGUAAUUUUGACUAGCUUUUUACAUUUUUAUAAAAACAUAAUUCAUAUCUUUUGUAUUUUGGACUUUAAGCAUAAGAAUUGGCUUGAUAUGUGGAAACAUUUGAGAUGAGUAAUGACAGGACUUUGAAAACUGAAGAAGUUCAACUUGAGAUUGUCAAUGGAUCCAAAAACUGUCUUUUCUUGAAGACAGAAUGUUUAAGAACAGGUGUGUUUUGUUUAUUUUUAAGUUGUAUAGAAAACUGAGUAUAGCCUGUAUUGUGUUUUGGAUUAAGCAAAGGAUGUGUUGGAACAAAUUAUAUUGGAAUCAAAAUAGAGUAAAUGAUCUCUGCAUA